AUGAAUAAAUUCUCUGAGAUGCUCAUGCUACAGUGUACAUUCUGGCGAUUACCUGCAGUAUUGCUGCUCGUGGCAUUUUCAGCCGUGCUCCGCCCGUCCGUGUCGCUGCGGCCCGUGGCAGCCGGAGGCCGCUUCUUGCAGUAUGGGCGAGGCCGCGCCGAGGCCGCGCAGGCGCCUCUUGGGCCGCGUUGCCAGGAGACGCGGAGGGAGCGCCUCUUCGCAGCGGAGGCUCAGCGAGAUGUUGAAGCUUUGAGGACUGCUUAUGAGUUGAUCAAAUCAGCCAGUCCCGGGAAGUCUGCGCUUGACUCGUUGGAGAAUUUCAGCACUGACCUCUAUGUUCUGUGCGCCGAACAAGCUCUUCGGCUGGGGUGUUUGGAAAUGAGCCAUGACUGUCUACAGAUGUAUUUUAAAGCAAGAUUUCCUGUAAACCAAUUUAUUGGCAGAGCAUACUUGUGCCAAGGCCAGUUGCACACUCCACUCUCUACCGAUAAUUUGGAAGAGUUUGAAAAAUUUGUGAUGUUCUUUCUGAAAGCAAUAGACUUUGCGAUGCAUGAUCCAAGAUAUUAUUUUUUGAUAUAUAAUGCCUCAGUCCUUUACUGGGAAGCUGUGAGACCAUAUCUUAAGCCUGGAUUCAGCUAUUGCCUUAUUCCCAGCCUAUCACAGAUUGUUAUAGCACUAAACCAAACUGAAGAGCAAGACAAGGAGUGGAUAGCAGAACUCAUGAUAAAUUUACUUGAGUGCUUUCUCGAUGCUUCGAAAAUGAAAGAGGCUGAAGAAUUUUCAUCUACUGCGGCAGUCUUUAUUAAAGAAAAUGCUCCAGAUAAAUACUCGCAAAUAUUUUCUCUAAUGGUAUAUCACCAACUAAUGGAUAUUUCCCAGGUAGAGAAGGAAAUAAAAAAAUCCAUCUAUUUAUCUAUUAUUUAUAAAAUGCAAAUGAUAAAAUUGCAGUGGCAUACAAAUGACUUUCCAAGUGACACCACCACAAAUCUGAAUUCUGUAUAUGAGCUUAUGAAACGAUACGAGGUAUCUCCAGAAUUUGAUCUCAAUAAAAAGAUACCUUUGGUUCUGGAAUUCGCUCGUUUUUCUGUGAAAUCAAACAGCAUCGAGCUUGCUUAUAAUUGUAUACUUGAUUUGAAGAGAGCUGGCAUUACUAAUCCAGGGAGACUUAUUGAAAUACAGUGCUUGGAAUAUGAAUAUGAAGUCCAGAAACUCGGCACUGAAAUUAUGACUUAUACCAAAGGAGUUGUUGAGGCUCAGCUGAAAUCAAUUAAAACACUUGAAUUAAUCCUGCUACAAGCAGUUCGAUUAGGAGAUCCCAGUGUAAUGCAGGUUGUCUGUACUACCCAGUGGAAUCUGUGCUUGCCGCUGCUGCAACACAGUUUGCAUCAACGUGUGCGAAAGCCACUGCACUCAGUUGCCAAUGUCCUAGAACAGAUUGACAGCAUGUUGAUUUUGUUACGUUGCCAAGUUCACAUGGAAAUUGCUCGUAUUGAAGAAGAUGAAGAUAGAAUAGAGGCUGCCAUAGAACAUUUAGAGAAGGCUAUACGUCUAGAUAGCAAUGGACAGUAUCAAGAACAUCUAAGAGUGACUUUCAACCGUCUUCGUUUGUGCACUAUGCUAUAUACAUCACCUGAGCGUCUAGAGGAUCAGGCAGUAAUGAUGAUUGAACAGGCUAAAAAAGGAAAGCAGAAGGAUAAUGUGAGGAAAAAGAGGUCCCUUCUGGUAAAUGCAGGUCUUGCACUAGCUCCUGAUUCAUUUCAAAUAGUCCUGGAUAGUGAAAAUGAAGCUAAAGUUUUCUCAGGUAAAAGUAGGAGUCAAAUAAGCUACCUCAGUGCAAAGGCACAACAUCAUAUUAAAAGUGUGGAGAAAGUUGAUGGACAUUUGAAACGCUUAGGAAAUGAAAAUGACAAAGAUAGAAUUAGACUUUGGGCAGAUUUGGCAAAAGUUGCACGUAAACAAGGAGUGUGGGAUGUCUGCCGCACAGCCUGCAGAUUUUGUCUCCUGUAUGAUGAUACUUUGUAUAGAAAGGUAACAAAACUGAAAAAAACACAGAAGAAGAAAGCUAGUAUAGUUAUGGAUGAUGAUCAAGGCAGCAGCUUGCCAGGGGAAUCAUUACUGCCUGCUAAAUCUUUCUCUUUUGAAAGAGAUUUACUCAAAAUGUUAGCAGAAAUAAGAUUCAUUAAUGCAGAGGCAACGGUUCAUUUAUUAAGAUUGCAAGGGAUUGAACUGAAUAAUCGUGCUGUACUUCCAGAAGAUACAAGUCAGCAUCCCACAGGAUAUGUUGCAUGUCUUUCUGAAAGUGAUCCAGAGUGGAAAAUAUACAGUUCCUGGAUCAACUCCUUGUCUCAGUACACUAUGGAAAAUUUUCAACGUGCAGCUGAAAUAGGAGAAGAGUUAAAUGAAGCCUGGAUUGUUCACAAUGCUGUGGUCUAUGUCUUAAACUACAAUAAACAUCUUAUCACUGCAGGCAGACAGAGGGAGAUCAUUGAGCAUCUGCAGACUCUUCUUAGAGCAAUCAAGAAUGUUGGACACAAUGGAAGUACUGUAAUUUUACUGAUGUUAUGUAAUGCUUUGGCUCGGGGCUUAAUUCUUUGCUGGAUUCCAAAACCAAAACUUACAAAGGGACCUGAGAAAGCAAGUUUCACCCAGCUUUUGUCAGUAGAUCCCAGUGGACUUCCUGAUAUCAAGGCAGCCAUAGAGAUUUGUGAAUUUGCCCUAAAUUUGAUAGCCAGAACUGUACCUACUGAAACGGUACCUAUGUCUGUACAACAACAGAUCAUUGCUACAUGGGUGAAAGCAAAACAGUUGCAUCAUCAGCAGAUUGGGCUUAAACUUGUGACUGAGGAGGAGAAUAAUGAUGAAGCAGAAAAUCCUAACACAAGAGUUCUUACUGGUCUAGAGAUGUAUUCAUGUAACAACUUGGGUCUCAUGGAUUUCACUGUUCCCAGCUUAUCUCAGGUUAUGAAAUUGGCUUUAGAUUGUCCCUGGUCAGAUUCAUUUGUGGAAUUACAGACACUGACACGACUUAUGCAUUUUGCAUAUGUAUCACAUGAAUAUGAAAUAGUGAUGACUUGUUCCCAAAGGAUCUUGCAGUCAGCUGAUAAUUUUUGCUUCAAUAAUGACACUGGGAAAUGUGAAAUGCCUGAAAACACUAUGAGACAAGAAAUGUUAAGUACUGCGGCCUGUAUACAGGGGAAGAAUAUAAUGGCAAAUUUGUCUGGGAAAAAACAUCUGCGUGUAGCAGCAUCAAAAGCCUUUGUUCAGAGUGCCAGAUAUGCAGGUGAAGCAGGAAAUUAUUCCCUUGUAAUGUAUGCAGCUAGACAGUUUUGGAAUACAUGCUUACCUUUGAUAGGUUCUCCAUAUGACAGAGAACAGCUUAAAGAAUCUACUGAAGUAAUUCUCAAGCAUAUAAUUAAAGCAGAAUCUAAAAAUAAACAGGAAAAGAAUGAUACAUUGCCUUUGCAUCAGUGGCUUACGAAGGAUUUUCUAAGUAAUGAAUUAUCACUUGGACACUUUCUCCCAGGUGCUGAGGAAGAUCUGACGCUGCGAACCUCUUUAUAUGGGUUAUUAUUUCACAUACAUGCUGAUAAAGCUGAUUGGGAGACAGCACUAAAAGUGCUAGAUGAAGCUGUUCAGGUUUUGCCUCGGACUAGACACAGACUAUUGAUUUUUAAACAUGUGGUUAUAGUGAAGGCAAGGCUGGGAUAUAAUUUUAUGAUGGACAUUCAGAAAUUCAAAGAUGAAAGUGAAGAUUAUUUGUCACUCAUGUGGCAUCAUCUGGUAACAGUCUCCAAGAGUAUUGCUGGGCAAUUAAGCUGUUUUCAAAAUGCAAUUGAUGCUUUGCAGAAAGAAGAAAGUGAGUGGCAGAAAGUUGAUUAUCUGCUGGAAUUUGCUGAAUGGUUAUAUUGCAACCAGUUUCCUCUUGAUGAAGUUAUUAAAACUCUCCACUGGGCAGUAGAUAUCUUGCGGCGUAUGAAAUCUUCCAUGCCACCUUCCCAAGGAGAAGAAAAAAAUACUUUAAUGAAAUUAUUGCCUAUAGAAAAUCUGAAGAUGGACAUUGGAGGAAGUGGUAUGAUGCCCACAAUUGCUUUGGAAGAUCUGAGUAAUAUUAGGCAAUUGGAAGCUUUUUUUAGAGCACAUACUUUAAUGGCUAUAAUUUUUGGUCAUAGUUCUCCUUUUCAUCAGCAACACUGUUUGAUGGCAUAUGCUUGCAUCAUUCGUAUUUGGCAGGUUUCUCUGUCAGCAUCAACACCUAUUCUGAAAGUAAUAUCAAAGACUUCACAACUUACUACUCUUCAGAGUGUGCAGUCAAUUAUUGCAUCUAGGAAAGAAAAGGACAAAAAGGAAGAGAAACAAAACCCACAGUCUAAACGUCAGAAAAGAGACAAAACUUCAAAGGAUACUAAACAGGUUAAAGCUUCUGCUGUGAAAGAGAAGCCUAAAAGGAAAGAAUCAAUUUUACCAGCAAAUGUGGAAGAAUGGGCUAGCUAUGACUGUCCCAGUGAAAUCAGAGAGGCAUUCAAACAGAAAACAAAUAGUUAUGGUAUUAAUGAGGAAAAUUUCCCCAAACCUACUUGUACUUUAUAUUUUAUUGACCUUUUAGCUGAAGAGCUACAGAAAUUUUUUUGUCCCCACUUGACUCUUCCCAUCUUUCAGCUGGCUGAAGUCAUUGCUAGUGAAGUUGUGGAAUGUAAAAGUCUAUCUGAUCUCUAUCAUCUUCGAAUCGCCCUCAUAUGUUCAGAUUUAAAAUUGAAUGAAGCAUCUUCAUAUCAUGAGAGAACUGUUGGAGAAACAUUCAUCAGUGUAUUAGAACAAGCAAUGUGUAGGCAAGAGAUUGCAUUGAAAAAAGAAAAAAAU